AUGUUGACAAAGCACUAUUCGGUCAUGGCCGCCAUGGCCCAACUCCUCGCCGUUUCUAGCGGCCACAUGAUCAUGCAGACCCCGAAGCCGUUCGGAGGCCCUGACCUUGACAACUCUCCUCUGACUUCAGGUAACUUUCCCUGCAAGUUGAAGGGCGAUCCGGCUACCUUCUACUCGACGUCUGGCCUCGACAAUACGAUGGCGGUUGGGGAGACCCAAUCCCUAUCGUUCAAGGGUUCAGCAGUCCACGGAGGUGGAAGUUGUCAGUUGGCAAUCACCAAAGACCCUCAACCCAGCGCGUCGACGUCUUGGCAAGUUAUCCUUUCUAUCGAAGGUGGCUGCCCAAGCAAGUCCGGCCAAGGCCCUGAUACAUAUGACUUCAAGAUCCCGGACGGCGUAGCGCCUGGCAAAUACGUCUUCUCCUGGACCUGGAUCAGCAAGCUCGCGGGCCAGCCCGAGUACUACAUGAACUGCGCGCCCAUCACGGUCACGGGCGGCAAUUCCAAGCGCUCCGAUAACGAGACCAUGGAAAUCCUCCCCCGCGACGGCCAGUUCCCCGAGCUCUUCGUAGGUAACCUCGCCGACAUCAACUCGUGCAAGACGGAGCCCAGCACCGACCCCCAGUACCCCGACCCCGGCCCGAACGUCAUUCGUCCGGGCGCAAACAGCAAGUUCGCCAAGGUCCAGGGCGACAACUGUGUUCCCAAGGGUGCUAAGGCUGGCACGUCAUCCGGCGACAGCGGAGCUCCUGCGGACCCAGGCACCCCUAGCACUGGUGCGGGCGGCGGCAACGGCAACGCUCCCCUAAGCUCUGCCGCCCCACCAAGCAGCGCUUCUCCUGCUCCCAGUGCCCCUCCCGCUUCAAGCGCUUCUUCCGGUAACAAUUUCAUUACUGUUUCCCCUGGAGGCGAUGCUGGCGGUAGUAGCACUGCUGCUCCCUCCCCAACCUCCCCGGUAGUACCCGUAGUCAGUUCCCCCGUCGCUUCCGCAGCUCCUCCCGCGUCUAGCCCCGCAACAAGCGCCGCGGCUAGUUCUGCAGCUGCCAGUCCUACCAGUGCUGUGCCAGUUAGUUCCGCGGCUCCGGCGGGUAGUGCCCCAGCGAGCCCCGGGACGCCUCCUCCCUCCGGAGGUCUCACGGGACCCUGCACUUCCGAAGGGAUGUUCAACUGCAUCGGCGGAACCGUCUUCCAGCAGUGCGCUUCCGGUGCGUGGUCUACGGUCAUGCAGAUGGCGGCUGGGGUCAAGUGUGCUGAAGGGCAGACGAUGACGUUGUGGGGACGGGACAAGACCUCUGGCAGGAUUGUCCGCCGAGUCGAUUGGUAA